UGUCACGUGAUUCUGAUAGUUGGUAAAACCCUUUGGGCAAAGUCCUUUUUCCCCAUAGUGUCCCUCUGAUUCUUUCUUAUCCGUCUGUGUUGGUGUCUCUUCCUUUGCAAACAAGCCUCGUGGGAGGGGGCGAGUGGGGAGCAAUGACAGAAGUGAAGAGAGAGAAAUUUGGGGAAUGGCCCCUUGGCGGAGGGACUGUGGAAAAAAUCCUGCUCAAAUCCAGCACGGUAAAAGUGGAAAUUAUCUCCUUGGGCUGCAUAAUCACCGCGUUGGAGACUAAAGACAAAGAUGGAAAAUUCUCAGAUAUUGUUCUAGGCUUUGAUCAUUUGGAAGGUGGGUUUGAAUUAACUUUCUUGAAACUUUAUUCCGCAGAAGAAACCUCGUGGCACAAUAUGUUUCCAGUGCAACCUCUGAUUUGUUUUAUUGAAACCCACCCAGAUUUGGUGGUGCUGUAAUAUAAGUAGCCCUGUACAUCCAAGCUGAAAAAUGUUCAAGCUUCAUCACUGCUUUUUAGUACCAUAGUUUUGCAAUGGAGCAUAAAAGAACAAGUAAAGCUUUUAACUCGCAAAUAACUACCCCCCCCCCCAAUAAUCUUGAGAACUGUACAUUAGUUUGUUAAAAGUGCUGGGCAUUUUAACUCGGGGGGGGCGGCGGACUACAGUUUCUGGGGUUGUUUGCAGAAAGCCACAUACUUUAAAUGUAGGAUGCAGUACUUGGAGAGAAAAAAAGCAGAAGCUGUGAAACAAACAAAUGUUAACUCAGAAGUUUAACGGUUCAGUGGAGCUUACUUCCAAGGAAGGAUGUUCAUUUGAUUGCAGUAUUAUGGGUGGUGUACACAAAAUCCUUUUCCUGAUGCCCCCCCUUUUUGAUCUGCAGUUUUGUGAGGGUGGGGGGAGGAAGCAGCAGGGGAAAGGGUUGGGAACCACUGUUUCCCCAUUCCAGUUUCUCCCCCACUCCCCGGAAAAAGAAACACCUGGGUGUUUGCACAUUUACAGCUAAACAGAUACGCAGUAUUUUCCAUCCCAGGCAAAGUGCCUAGAUUACAGGCAUAUUUCAUUUUUUUUAAGCAAAUAACAGUGGUACCUUAGGUUACAUACGCUUCAAGUUACAUACACUUCAGGUUACAGACUUCACUAACCCAGAAAUAGUACCUCGGUUUAAGAACUUUGCUUCAGGAUGAGAACAGAAAUCAUGCUCCGGCGGCGCGGCAGCAACAGGAGGCCCCAUUAGCUAAAGUGGUGCUUCAGGUUAAGAACAGUUUCAGGUUAAGAACGGACCUCCGGAACGAAUUAAGUACGUAACCAGAGGUACCACUGUACAGAUAAUUAUAUUUACAGACUUAAGCCUACUUUUAACAAACAGAGGUCUAAGUCUGGAGUGUAUCACAUUGCCGCCCACAGGAUUAAAUGCUGCUUCAACCUUAAAGGAAUAAAUAAGUCCAUUCAUCUAGAAAAGUAGAAGGGGCUCUGAAGGGAUUCAGUCUUGUGUUCUUCCUGACAUUCUAACUUUCCUUGUGGAGGGAGCUUUUUGGAUAAGUCACCCACUAUAAAUGAAGUGGUACAGCGCAGUUAGAGGUUUAGUACCUGUCCCUUGAAAUAAUUCCUGCUGUUGGCGCCCAACUACCGCACAUUUGUUUGGCAAAAUAUCCGCAAAGAGGUGCCUGUGUGUGUAGAAUUCUGUGCGACCCUUUGCAUAUGUUCUGCUGAACAAACAGGCAUUGAGAGUGGGGCCAGUAGGGUGUACAGUAUGUGGGGCAGAGCCAGUGGGCAUGAUCCCACUCCUUUGUAUCUGCAGGGAAUGAAUGGAGAAGACUGCUGCAUGAGCAAUUAGGUUGACAGAUACACUGGAAGUCAGGCAUUUAAUGUUGCUGGUCCCAUGCUGUGGAACAUGCGCCCAUCAGAGAUUCAGCAGCCAACCUCCAUUUUGACAUUGAGGGUGCUGAGAACUGUUAGGAGACCCCUGUUUUCCUCCCAGAGAUACAGUUCCCAGAGUGGUUUAACAAUCAAUCUGUCUUCACAUGAAGCUCUGGGAAUCGUAGCUCUGGGACAGGAAUAGGGGGUCUCCUAACCACUCUCAGCUCCCACAGUUCUUUGGGGGAACCAUUAAUGUCUGAAGUGCUGUCACAUUGCUUUAAAUGUGUAGUUGUUAAUGUGGCCUUAUCCUAACCUUCCUUUCCAGAAUUGCCGUUUGAGGAUAAAACAACUCGCAGGUGCCCCUGGAGGAAGGGCCAGAGUUUACAAUCCGUCUGCCUUUGGCUUCCGAUUGUCCCUUUAAGCAUGUACAUAAAUCAGAGGUUGAAAUUUAUUCAGGGAUCAGGAUAACGGACUGAAUAAUGAACAGGUUCCCAGGCAUGAGAGAAUAAAACUGAUCUGCAAGUAGACUUCCAUCCAGAGAAGUAGAAACAGAGCUGUAGAGAAGAGUAUGAAUAUCUAUCAGUCAUCCCUGGUUCUCAAGAACUGCCACCAUUCCUCCUGCCCCCCCUCAGUUACCAAUCAGCAUUUUUCAUGUUCUUCUUCAGAGAUCAGAUAAUCUAAGGGUCGAGUGCCUCCACUGUUACAUAACCUUGACUAGCUGCUGCUGAAUGCUUUAGAUCAGAGGUUUUCAACCCUUUUGAGUCCACGGCUCCCUUAACUGAUUGCAUUCUUUCUGCGGCACCCCUGUGGGGCUCAGGAGCCCAGUUAUGUCACCCCUUGCCUUCAGAGCUGGCAGCCUCUCACCCUUUUUCAUACACCCUCAGCCUCCUCUUCUCUCCCAUCUCCUUGGGAGUCCUCCGGGCAGCUGCUGCUGUCCCUGGUCUCUGAGCUGCCCCCUGACCAGCCCCAGAGGCACUAUUCACCUGCAGAGCUUAUGGCCAGGGCUGCUGCAAUAAACAGCUGUGCAAGCCUUUGGGUAGCAGAGACGUGAGAGGGCAUCAGAGGAGGGAGGGAAGGAAAGAGGGACAGAGGCCAGUGUUGCCCGCGGCACCCCUGACCACCAGUCAGCACACCCCAGGGUGCCACGACACACUGGUUGAGAACCACUGCUUUAGACAUUAAGUCUGUGGGAAGCUGGGUGCUGAAAUAAACACUGAUUACGUUUCCUCCAGCAAUCCAUUCUUUUAUAGCUGCUUCUAGAUUCUGUGGGCUUGGAGACUGUGUAUUGGCUUCUGCAGACCACCCCCCACCCCCAGCUGAAAUGAAGCAAUGCUCCUUUGUUCCUCUUAAUCCUACCAAUGGGUGGAUGACUUUGCCAGUGUGGUGUAGUGGUUAAGAGCGAUAGACUCGUAAUCUGGUGAACCGGGUUCGCGUCUCUGCUCCUCCACAUGCAGCUGCUGGGUGACCUCUGAAGUCUCUCAGCCCCACUCACCUCCCAGAGUGUUUGUUGUCGGGGAGGAAGGGAAAAGAGAAUGUUAGCUGCUUUGAGACUCCUUCGGGUAGUGAUAAAGCGGGAUAUCAAAUCCAAACUCCUCCUCCUCCUCCUCUUCUUCUUCUUCUUCUUCUUCUUCUUCUUUAAGGUUAAUUAGUCUUUAUGCUCAGUUUUGUUUCUGUUCAGUUGUUCCACGAUCUGUAGAGCAGAGCUUUCAGUCAGUUUCUUUAUCCCCACACAAUGCUGCAUAGAUCACUACUGAUUCCUUUUUCUCUCCCCCGCCCCCAUGAAAUAGUCAUACAGUCACAGUGUACAGUCAUACCUUGGGUUACAGACGCUUCAGGUUGCGCGUUUUUGGGUUGCGCACCGUGCUGAACCUGGAAGUACCAGAACAGGUUACUUCUGGGUUUCGGCGCAUGUGCUGAAGCACUAAAUCACGCUUUGCGCAUGCGCAGAAGCGCAACCCGCGCAGAUGCGGCGCUGCAGGUUGCGAACAUGCCUCCAGCACGGAUCACGUUCGCAACCUGAGCUUCCACUGUGUGGCUGUCAUCUGUUGUCAAGCAAGCCAGGGUAGAAAGCUCCCUCAAGAGGGGACACCCUGAUCUUCCUGCAGGAGACCUAUCAGCAAUAGAACCCCAAAUUCAGGCUGUUAAAAGGCACAAGGCUUGGGGAGCAAUCAUAUGCACCCUGAGUGCAACUAAACUCUCCCUACUUCUUCCCAGCAACUGAGUUCCAGAGGCAUGCCACCUGCAGCAGUGUGGAACUUAGCCGGCAUGACCACACAACCUCACAGACUUCCAGUUCUUACUAAUUUUAAUGAAGAUGGGAGGAGCUGUGUUAAAUACGGCUGUGUUUCUUCCAUUGGAGUGAAUGGAUAUGAUAUGCCUUCACAUGGAAGAGUUUGGGAGCCUAUCCAAGCCCCUCCUUUCCUAAGGGAUUACUCGAUGGAGGAAGCUUUGGUCAGGGGUACAGUUAACUGUCCCUCCUUUAAAAAUAGAAGAGAAGGAAAUCUCUAGCUAGCUUCCAAUGUUGAACAUUGAAAUGUAUUGACCUUAUAAAUCUAACACGUUCUUUUAUUGGCCAGGGUACACCAACAAGCACCCCUACUUUGGAGCUGUCGUUGGACGGGUUGCUAACAGAAUUGCCAGAGGGAAAUUUACAGUGGAAGGAGUCGAGUAUCAAUUAGCCAUCAACAACGGACCCAACAGUCUGCAUGGAGGAAAGAAAGGUUUCGAUAAGGUAAAUGUGCUUGCGCUCAAGUGAAUAACAAUGGCAGUACAGUGGAACCUCGGUUCCUGAACGCCUCCCAUGUCGUAUGUUUUGGAAUGUUUUUUGAAACCCGAACGUGUGACAUGGCUUCCGCUGAGUGCAAGAAGCUCUUGCACCAAUCGGAAGCCGCGAAUCGGUUUUUGAACAUUUUGGAAGCCAAACGGGCUUCCGAAACAGAUUUCAUUCAAGAACCAAGGUUCCACUGUAUUUACUAUGAGGGCAUGGUGACAUAUUCAGGUAAGGUGAGAACAUUAAGUUGCUGGAUCAAAACAAAGGGCCAUCUAGACUGGCAUUCUCUUCUCUCAGUGGCCAACCAGAGACUGGCGCCGUGGUGCAAAGCUCCCUCCGGCGCCCCUCCCCCCAUUUCCCAGAGUUUUUUAGGGAGGAUGGCACUGCCGGCGGGGCUGGAGGAGGCGGGCAGUGACUGGAGGGCAGCUCCUCCAGCGGGGAAGAGGCAGAAGCUGGCCGUGGCAGACGGAGGCUCCGGACACUGCGCUGCUUUGGUGCGGCAUGGUGGAGGUGGGCGAGGGCGGCAAGCUGAUGCCAGGAGGUGCCGCGUCCAGCCUCUGCCUCUUCCCUCACACCCUCCAGAACUUGGCACCCUGCCGCCCCGCACCACUAGCCUCUAUGGGUAAGACGCCCCUGACCAGAGACUUCUGAGAAGUUCACUUCAGCAUGCAGACACUUCUGUGAGCUCCCAAUUCUUUCCUUUCUUCCUCUGAAGCCAGGCUUGGACCUUUCUCAGAGUCUUCCUGAAAAGAGAAGACUCUGAGAAAGGAUCCUCCUUUACUGAUGUUAAAAGACUGCUGUGAUCAUAACCGGAAUGGAAGAGGGAAAGAGUCACUCCUAAAGAAAGGCAAAAACUGGGCAAGUUAUAGCACACUUUAGCGCUGCGAUGGGGAACCUGUGACCCUCCAGAUGUUGUUGAACUCCAACUCCCAUCAGCCCCAGGCCAGCAAGACCAAUGGUCAGGCAGAGAAUCAGAGUUGGAAGGGACCACGAGCAUGAUGGGAGCAGUUAGUAGUCUAACAAUAUCUCCAGGGCCACAGAUUCCUCAUUCAUCUUCUAGUGUAAAUAGCAGGAUUAGUAUACAGAAUAGUAAUUAUAUUUGAACAGAAAAAUAUCAAAGAGAAGUAAUGAAAGCAACAUGUGAGUUUUUCUGUUUGACCAAUUUGAGGCUAGAUGUCUUGUCUGCGGUAACUAUUUCCUGUGUAAUUUGAGACUGUUCUGAUGAGGAGACCCAGCAUUGGCCUGAGUUCUGCAGGAAGCAAAGCUAUUGAUAUAGAUAUGCUUCUAAACUCGGUGGUGGUUUUAGCUUUUUAUAGAACUAUGGCUGGCUGACAUAAGGAUCCACCCAAUUUGUUUGCAAUCAUACUGAUGACGGUGAUCAUAUCUCUUUGCUGUUUCCAGGCACAGGUUUUGCUUCCUUCUUCACACUUGGUUUGGUUGCUUAAUUAUCUUUGCUUGUUUUAUUUAUUCCAGUUCCAGUCAAAGCUUUCUAAUCUUUUAAAACAGAUAUGAGUACCAUUAAUUUGGGGUGUAUGGGGUGUUAGGGGAGGGGUAGUACCUCUGGUGGUGUCAAGUCCUUGGUGAGUUAAGGACUUCCCCCUACGUGCAAAGACAGGCUCUGGCGGACUGAGCGGAUGAGACCAAGAGGGGGUUCAGUAGUCAAGAAGACUGUUUCUGCACAAGCUGUAGUCCAGGGGUCAGCAAACCUACCGGGCCUUGGGCUGGUGUCUCCAGCACCGAUCAUGUGGCGGGCCAGAGGGCGGGGGAGCGCAUGCCCAUACACGUGCGGACACGCUAUUUUCUGCGCACAUCCGGGUCAGAGGAGCAUCGAAAAUACCGGUAGCUUUUGCGCAUUUGCAUGGGACUCCUCCGACCCGGAUGUGCACCGGAAAUAACGUUUGCGCAUGCACAAAUAAUGCCUGCGCAUGCGCACAAGCUAUUUUCGGUGCUCCUCCGACCCAGAAGUGGGCAGCUGCGUGGCGCAGCGCCGGUAAGAGCGGGUGGCGGCAGUGAGUGGCAGGGGUUGCUGCAGGCCGGAUAAACGAGUCCCUUGGGCAUUAUCUGGCCCGCGGGCCUUAGUUUGGGGACCCCUGCUGUAGAGGGAAGUGAGGGGCAGAUGGGGCUCAUCCACCUGGAAAGGUAGUUUGGUUCCCCCCCGCCCAGAGGCACACUCCAUUGUCUCUCAAGACAGUUGGAUGCCAGCAGCAAAAAUAAUUAAUUUGGGCUGGCGUAUGUCUGACAUAACCGGGAUUUCAAAGGUGGAAUUGACGUCUGGGGGGGAUUUCCGAAAGGUGGCGCUUUGUCUUGGAUCUUCAAUCAAAAACUCAUGUUUUUGUAAAAAAGAAAGAAAAGUUCAACAACUUUCUGGUUUUCUUAAAAAGAGCUCAACCAUUAUGGUCGUUUCCUUUAAAAAAAAAAAAAGCUCAACUUUCAGGUUGUCCUGGUUUUCUGAAAUAUGACAACCCUAAAUGAAAACAGAUUGCCUAAUGAAAGCAUAUAACUUAGGAAUCUGCCUUACACUGAGACAGAUAACUGGUCCUCCUAACUCAGUACUGUUGACACUGACUGGGAGUGGCUCUCCAGGGUUUCAGACAAGACUCCUUGAGAUGCCAGGAGAGCGAACCUGCAGCCUUCUAUGUGCAGGGCAGAUGUUCUACCACUGAGCUGCCAUCCUUCCUUUUAAGAACAAACUUAAGAAUAGAUCUUUGGCUGCUUCAGUACAUGGACACAUUUUCCCAAUCAUUUUCUCCCACCUGUGUUCCCAUCUCUGAUGGACACCAACCGGCCAGAAUUACAACCUUACAGAAGAAGAAGAGAGUUUGGAUUUGAUGUCCCGCUUUAUCACUACCCGAAGGAGUCUCAAAGCGGCUAACAAUCUCCUUUCCCUUCCUCCCCCACAACAAACACUCUGGGAGGUGAGUGGGGCUGAGAGACUUCAGAGAAGUUUGACAAGCCCAAGGUCACCCAGCAGCUGCAUGUGGAAGAGCGGAGACGCGAACCCGGUUCACCAGAUUACGAGUCCACCGCUCUUAACCACUGCACCAUAAUGGGUUUGAGCUGUGAAGAUCCUUUAUGCCAAUUGUGCUGUAGUGUUGCCUUAUUUCUGUGGCCCGCUCUGUGUUGACAUCGUGGUGGAACAGUUAGAUUUUUGUAAUAGACUGCCCAUUCAUGCCUCCAGUUAAUGAGCACAGGAAACACAUGCUUUUGUUUGGAACAAUCCUUUCCCAGGUGCUGAGGCUUAAGAAAUUUUACAGCAGCCUUCUACAACCUGGUGUGCACCAGCUGCUUUGGGCUAUAAAAGGUAAAGGGACCCCUGACCAUUAGGUCCAGUCGUGACUGACUCUGGGGUUGCGGCGCUCAUCUCGUUUUAUUGGCCGAGGAAGCCGGCGUACAGCUUCCGGGUCAUGUGGCCAGCAUGACUAAGCCACUUCUGGCGAACCAGAGCAGCGUAUGGAAACGCCAUUUACCUUCCCGCCGGAGUGGUACCUAUUUAUCUACUUGCACUUUGACGUGCUUUUGAACUGCUAGGUUGGCAGGAGCAGGGACCGAGCAACGGGAGCUCACCCCAUCGCAGGGAUUCGAACCGCCAACCUUCUGAUCGGCAAGCCCUAGGCUCUGUGGUUUAACCCACAGCGCCACCUGCGUCCCUGCUUUGGGCUAUAAUCCUCAUCAUAUGCUGGCUGGAGGUGUUGAGAGUUGUAGUCCAAAACAUAUGGAAGGCACAAGUUUGAGGAAGGCUGUUUUAUGUAUGAAUCACCGUCUCUCACCAAGCUUACUAUAUAGUGUGUAUUACAUGUGUGUAUAUCUUCCUAUAUACAUAAAAAUGUAAGGCUAUCAUCAUGCUGCAGUCCCAAUGGCAGCAUGACAAUGGAACAGCAGGCAAGCAAGCAGACAGCAUGGGUGACCAGUCGCCCAGGUGAGCUGUUUAACAGAGGGAGGGUGGGAAGCACUUCAAAGUUCAUUUAAAUUAGUGUUUCCCCAGCUUGGGUCUCCAGCUGUUUUUUGGACUACAGCUCCCAUCAUCCCUAGCUAGCAUGACCAGUGGUCAGGGAUGAUGGGAAUUGUAGUCUGAAAACAGCUGAAGGCCCAAGCUUGGGAAACACUGAUUGAAAUAUUUUGAAUCUUGGAAGUGAUCCAUGGUUGUCAUGUGUAAUCUUUUGGCACAUGUGCUCAUCCAGGUACAUCAGUCUAGUUGCUGGACUCUAGCCAAUGUGAUUUUUUAAAAUAUACCAUUAAUGAAAUUGUAUUGCAGGCCAUCUGGGAACCUGAAGUGCUGCCAGAUGGCGUACGGUUUUUCAGAGUAAGUCCAGAUGGUGAAGAGGGAUAUCCUGGUGAGCUGAAAGUCUGGGUGAUGUAUACUCUCAAGGAUGGGGAGCUAACAAUCAGUUACAGAGCUCAAAGCAGUAAGACCACGCCAGUCAAUCUGACAAAUCAUGCGUACUUCAAUCUUGCAGGCCAGGUGAGGCAGCUCUAUUUGGCUCUUCCAUUCUGUAACAUCCUGUAGAACAGGAUUUGGGGGGGAACCUGUGUUCCUUCAGAUGAUGUUGGACUACAACUCCCAUAAUCCCCGCUAUUUGGUCAUGCUGCCUGGGGGCUGAUGGGAAUUGGAGCCCAGUGACAUCUGGAGCCCCACACGUUUCCACUUCUGCUACAAAAGUGUCCAAAGGGUUAUUAGUUAUUUUCUUGCCUGAUAUAAUCCCUUCUUGCCAAGUCGGUUGUACGUCGCUAAGUAAUGGAACAGGGUGCAAGGCUUCAGUCCCCUGAACUUGAACAAUGGGGAGGAAUGUUUGGGAGAAGGCACCCCAUUAUUUAUUUUAUUUAAGACCGUUUAUGUACUUCUUAGUUUAGGGCAUGUCAUUUUAGGGGGCGAAACUUAAUUUUUGCAAUUUUAUUCAGUGAGGGGUCUUAAAAAUAUGCUUUUGUGUGUGAAAAAUUAAAAUCUGCUUUUAUUGUUGUGUUUGUACAACAUUUAGCUGGGUAAAUCUACGUUUGGUAAAGAAGCACAUAAACUGCUUUUGGAAAAUCAAAGAAUUUUAAUUUUAGGUUCUGAGUUGUCAGGUAAUGUUAAGUAAUAAAUAAUAAUUAUAAUAUAACUGCAAGUACAUGGCAGUCAUUUUUAAUGGUCACUAUGCAAUUUCACACACAUUUUACUUAGCAAGCAAAACUAAAUUAUAUUAAUUUAACCAAAAUAUCUUUGAAUCCCCAUGUCAUGUUACAACUUUUUAGCACCCUUCAUUUUUGGAAUAUCUCAGCAGUGUAUGGCAACUAUGAUACUUUACUUUUUACACUGUUCAGCCUUUAGUGAGCAGUCAUUCUGAUUUGUUUGUGUGUUGUUUACACAUCUUCCCAUUUGUCACGUGUUCAUUUCACUUUGCAAUGCAUUUCCCUGUCCUUGUCAAAACCACAAAUUUUGUUUUAAAAAAUAAAAGGGGAUUUGUUGCACUAGGGGAACAGAAGAUUUUAAUCCACUUUAAAUGCACAAACCUAAACUUCCACUACAUAUUUGAAUCCUACAAAAUAUGGAGAGUUUGGAGGCACUUAGAAUGUGCCCGUGUUCAGGAUUCCAGGCAGCCAUACCUUUUCCCAGGAUACUCCAUUGCUUCCUCCCCACCCCAAGUAUAUGCUUCUUGUGAGUCUGGGUUGCUACUUUUGGAAACCAAAUGCCGGAACAAUUGAUCCCUUCAUGGCCUAGGACCCUUGUACCUAUGAGACCGUCUCUCCUGGUACGCCCCACGGAGACCCUCAAGGUCCAUAAACAGCAACACCCUAGUGGUCCCGGGCCCUAAGGAAGUUAGAUUAGCUUCAACCAGAGCCAGGGCCUUUUCAACUCUGGCUCUGGCCUGGUGGAAUGCUCUGCCUCAUGAGACCAGGGCCCUGCAGGAUCUGAUUUCUUUCCGCAGGGCCUGUAAGACAGAGUUGUUCCGCCUGGCCUUUGGCUUGGAACCAAUUUCCCUCCCCCUCUUUCUUUUUUCUUUUCCUUUAUCCUCCUGCAAUGAGGCUACAUUUUAAUAUUUUAAUGUUUCAAUAUUUUAAUGUUGUAUUUUAAUUUUGUUUUUAAGUUGUAUUCAUUCAACUUGUUUUUAUUAUUGCUUGUUAGCCACCCUGAGCCCAGCCUUGGCUGGGGAGGGCAGGGUAUAAAUAAAAAUUAUAAUUAUUAUCUUGGUCUUCAUUGACAUUUGACCUUGAUUCAGUAAAGUGAUUAUUGUGAUUCGGAGGUACCUGCAGCUCUGUGUUUACAACAAAGGUGGUAUAAAAUUCCAUCUUUCUAUUUUCUGAUACAAGAGGUUUUUUCCUCACUUCGUAUUUCAGGGAUCACCCAAUAUCUAUGACCAUGAAUUUACUAUACAGGCAGAUUCUUACCUGCCAGUGGAUGAAACCCAGAUCCCCACAGGUUGGUUGAUUUUUAAGAUGAAUGCUGUUGAAUCUACAGAUGUUAUCUAGGGAGCUGUCGUGGCCAACUGUGCAGAAAUGGCCUCAGUGUAGGGUGCUAGCCCUGAGUUCAAAUCUGUGGUCAAUCAGCUUGCUUUUCUAAAACUGGAACAAUGCCAUAAAAACACAGGGUGGGUGGUCACUGUGAAAACAGGAUGCUGAAUUGUAUGGGCCGCUAGCCUAACCCAGCAGUGCACUGCUUAUGUUCUUAGAUGGAGGAGGUUAAAUCUUAAUUUGACGUCGAAAGGGGGGAAGUUUACUUGGGGAAACACAGAACAUGGCAUGUGACACUCACAGCUGUCCAAUCCCCACCCCUCAUAUCUACUGCCUAAGGCAGCUGCCUCACUCUGCCUAAUGGUAGGACAGUGGUCCAGGAUUGGUAUUUGGAGAGCUACAGGCUCCCCAUUCUUGGUUUAAGUGGGAAUGGUGGCAAUGUCUUCAGAACACCUGUGGUUUGGGAAUCCCACACUAAAUUGUUCUGUGUGUGGUUUGUUGCUGUGGUGGACUUUUUGGUGGAACCUGCUGUUUCCAGAUGUCUGUCUUGGUUCCGUCCACAUUUUUAAGAGUUGCUGUGGAAGGUUGCUAAAUGUGUGUAGUUUCUCUGCCUCUUUCUUUGUUCUUUCUCCAUUAGGAGAAAUUGCUUCAGUGCAGGAUACAGGCUUUGAUCUGAGAAAGCCGGUGGAGUUUGGAAAACACCUUCAGAAGUUUCAGCUCGGAGGAUUUGACCACAAUUUUUGCCUGAAGCAGACAAAAGAAACAUGCUUCUGUGCGAGGUACAGGUUUGGUUUGUCACCUUUGUUUGACAGCAUAUUGACCAAAACAUUGUGUUUCAUGCUCUUCCUUCUCCCAGUUUAUUUAAAAGUAUUUAUACACUGCUGUUCAUAAAAUAUAUCAUAGGGCUUUACAGAUUUAAAAUAAAGCAAUAAAAACAUCAAAACAUUUAAUUAAAACCAUAAGCCACAAAAGAAAAGGCAACAAAAUCACUGUAAAACAUGGGAAGCAGUCCUCAGUUUCAGUUUUCAAAGGUCAACUGGGAUAACUUCACCUGUUAGCAGAAAGCAAGCAGAUACCUGAUAUGACCCUCCAUAGCAUUGGGGCUGCUACAGAAAAUGCUCUGGUCUUGUUUAAGGUUGAUUUUAAUAUACAGUAUAGAUUGCUUGUGUAAUUGAUUUACAUACUUGCAAAUUGCUUAGAAGCCUAUUUUGGCAAUAAACAGUAAAUAAAUUAAUAAAUGACAAGGAUUGCAAGUAUAGACAUCCAUAGAUGUGAUUAGACAAAUCAAUUACAUAAUUAAAAUGAUGUCCUCCAAGUUCCAUUCUGUAGGAAGGCCAAAAGUGUACAAUGUGGAGGAAAAUGCGUGAUUUAUAUAAUUUAACUUCCAUACCUUCCCACCUGAGAUUUGGGGGAAGUGUUAACAGUAAGCUACAGUAUUUUGCUUUGAACCAUGCUCAGGUUUUCACAGAUCUUGCGAAUUUCACUUGUGGAAGGCUGGUAGUGCAGGAUGCUCUUAAUCCACCUUGUGUACUGUGAUAACACAUAAGGAACUUGAGCCAGCACAGCUAGUGAGCUUUGGCAACAUGAUGCUCACCCUGCCUGGACCCACUGAACUGGCUAAAUGUGACUUUCGAUAUGGCACGGAUGUGAGCCAAAGCCACAGUCUGUUCUCUCUGGCUACAAUUUGAUCAGGGAGGUAAGUAUUUUGUUGUCUCUUGGAAUUAUCAUGUGAUGCAUUAUCAUGUAUUUAUGGAAAGAGGCAACUAAAAGGCAAAUGCAUCUUAGGAUGUGACCAAGUGACUUCUUUUAAAAUUUGCACAGCCCCUUCCUUGCACCCAAGUGCUGUUUCCCAUGUAUCUAUCUAUUAUUAAGAGCUGCUGGCUACCACUACACAUAACCAAAUGCAGAGUACCAAAGGCCUACAGACUCCUAGAAAUUUAAUUAACAGAUACUUUCUUUUUACAGAGCCCACCAUCCCCCUAGUGGCAGAAUGAUAGAGGUUUAUACAACUCAGCCCGGGAUUCAAUUUUACACUGGGAAUUUCUUAGAUGGCACUCUAAAGGGAAAAGGAGGCUGUGUGUAUCCCAAGCAUUCUGGCUUCUGCCUGGAAACACAGAACUGGCCAAAUGCAGUGAACCAGGUACAUUCUUAAGUUUUAUAUGACCACGGGGCCACAAAGAAUAGAAGCUACACAAAACUGUCUUGGGGCUCAGCUUCAAUGGUUUAUUGCAGAUUUCAUUUUGAGGAUGCUCAGAAGAACAUAGAAACCAGUAAUGGGUGGAUCUGCAUAAGCACUGAAAUCACAUGGUACAGCUAUUCUGUGAUUAUCUCAUUUCUGACUGCAGGUAGAUGACAUUUAGCUAUGCAGAGCAAGGCUGCUUUUCUGUGCAUAGGAAGUUUUUUUAGAUCAAUAGAAAAACAUUGUAGUAGGUGAUCCCCCGCCACUCUAAAAUGGCACAGCUCCUUUGCAAUUUCUCUGCAUUUUCAAGACCUAACAGUGCAUUCCUAGGCAUAACUGCUCACAGUAUAAAUUUACACUCAGUUCUAAGUAUGUACAGGAUUGCAAGCUCAAAACACCAAAAGUUGAUUAAUCAAAUGUGAACCAAUUCAAGUAUACUAUGUAUGUGUGUAGAAAGCUUGUGGUUACAUGCCAAAGGUAGAUCAGGUUCUGCUAGUAUAUAUGAAUGAUUUGCACUAGAUUGGCAAGGAUUUGACUCCCAAUUUUGUAAUGGUUUGUUCUAAAUGCAAUAGAACAAAACCCUAGAUGCAAGCAAUUUUUCUUCUAUAAGUGGACAAAUGUUGAGUUUUAUUUUUUAUUCUUACAGCCUAAUUUCCCAGAUAGCCUGCUGCACCCAGGAGAGGAAUACAAGACCACAACUUGUUUCAAGUUCUCUGUAGCUUAAGCAAAGACCAAGAUUUUUUUGUAGCAAUCUGUAACAAGGUAGUUUUCAAAGAUUCUAGACUGUUUGUUUUAGGAUCAAAUGUGUCUUCAUGUACUCAAGAAGUCUACUUGACACCAUCCUGCAUAGACUUAAGAUUUUAUACAGGCAACCUUUCUCUCCCACCGCCCCCUUGAGAGCUUACUGGUUCAAAGGCAGGUGGAAAUAGUAGAAAUAAAUCAUGUUAAAAUGUAAAUUCACUUCAAUAUACUAUUGCUAAGGAUGUUGGCACAGUUCUUCCCCACCCUGAUUUCUUAGCAAUGGUAAAGGUAUUACAUUUGCAUUGGGUCUAAAAUAGACUCUAAAUGCAAGAGCUGUGAAGAGUUGUUUAAAAGCUUGUAUUGGUUUGGAAUUCAGUAAAGUUGCAAGGAUUAAUGAGAAUGCAAAUGAAGUGCUUUGAAUCAUUAACAAAUAGACAAGUGGCACUGGUAAAAAAAAGUUAACUGCUGCUGUUCAGUGCAGACAUGUCCUUUCUGGAUUCUCUAUUCCACUACAGGACAAACAGCAGUGGCUACUGAACAUAUUGUCCUCAGUGAGCUAUACUGAAGAUCCUGCUCCCUUUUUCUUCUGCAUACCUAGAAGUAUCUCUAAACAUGCCUAUAUUGCUGGUUUCUCAGUAGCCAUUUGUGAUGCUAAAUAGGCUUAAUUCAGUACCCAAGUUUGCUGUUAGUAUGUUGGUGGGGUGCUUCCCAUUAAGCUUCCAGGUAACUGAUGGGUUUCCCAUCAGCCAGCAAGGCUGUUACCUCUUUUCUACAUGCAUGGUACUAUUUUGGCUACAUAAAAAUUGGAGACUUACUAUAUACAGGUGGGGCCCUGCUAUAAAAUGCUGUGUUGUAGAUCCCUGGCAUGCACCUGAAGAGUGGGGGGACAGACGGACGACGACUUCCUGCUCUAAUGCAAGUCUGUCUUCAUGUGCAAACUUUUUAAACAUUUCAAAGUGAAACCAGUGUGCAUUAAGCUUCUGCAUCUAAUGGAGUGCUUGAUUUGGCAUGGGAAGAGGCAACUUCAGUAGACUGACCUUUGCUGCAACUUAAAGAGGUAUGGGGGAUUUUUGAACAGGAAUCCAGACCUAAGCCUCAUCUGUGACCUGCAGUAUUAAUAGAUGACAUUGCAUGACGGCUGCAUGCUACUCCCAGCACAACCAUCUUUGUGUAGUUCUCAGCACAACUGAAUGUGGGAACAGUCAGCUUUCUCACCUUUGGCCCAACCCCUAAUGAACAUCACUGACGGGCUUGUGAUAAAUCAUAGCCUGUCAUAAUCCACUCUCACCCACAGCCCUUUCUUUACUCAUAAAGGGGCAAAGGUGAUUUUUUUGUUUUGUUUUUUUAAGGUAAGAACACUAAACAGGAAGAGUUAGAAAGGGCCUUAUCUAUUGUUAUGUCUCCCCCACUACAAAACAUCUGCGCCCCUGUCCAAACUCUGAGAAAGUAUUUUGUUGCGGCAUUGAGAAUACAGAUUUGUCUGUCAACUGCUGCUUGCCUUUUGGCUGAAAAUAAAAACAUCAACACAAGUAUUUUGGCUUGGCAGGUAGAACCAUUCUUCCCGCUGCUCCGUGUGUGUUCUCCUGACCCUCGAGGAGGGGACUCACUCUUUCAGGCCUGCCCUUGCAGAGCUCCUGCUGCUGGGACAGGUUAGUUGAAUCCUGCCCAUUGGGUUGUAUUCAACUCAGUCCUAUUCAUAGGAUCAUUAAUUUCAGAGUUUACUAAGUAAGUCCUGACUCAUGAGUUUACUCAGAGUAGGAAAAUUUACUAGAAAAUGGGUUGUAUUUAAGGAUGGUGUUUGGUACUGCACUAGGCAACUAACAUUUUUAAUUGAUCUUACAAACUUUUCCCACCUUGAUUUUUAGACAAUUAUUAUUCCAAAAUUCUAAACUCAGUGAAAAUAGUAUGUAACAAACUAUCUUCUGUGCAGGAAAUAUUCAGACAACCAAUUCAAGGUUAGUAGAGUAUACAUCACUGAAACAAUCUAAAUUAGCAAGAUUAUACAGAUUUUUUUUGUAGAAUAGCUUACAGUAAUUCAAAAUUGAGAUCACAAGGAUUGCCAAUUGUGAAAGUGAGCAUGCAACUUUCUUGAUUAGAAAAUGUUAAGCAUUUUUAUUUAUCAGAAACAGCAUAUUCAUUUAGUAUCAUAAAUAUAGCCAUGUCAAGACAGUUUAAAACAAAAACUGAAGUUACUUUCAUCUAACUAAUGGGUAUUGUAUUUCAGCCCUUUGUCACUCAAGUCCCAUCUAUGUGUUCUGUCAUAGAAGUUAAGCAGAUGUUACACUCUGUUCAACCUUAGGUUUAGUAUGUUAUAUUUAUCUAUGAAUUUUAGAUUAGAAGCUAACUUAUGCAAUAUUGGCAUUGCAGUUAAGCAGCAGGCAUUUCCAGAUGAGACAUGUAUGUUUGAUAAAGGUGUACGAUUGAAGUUUGUUUUCAGCAUCUUCCUUUGCCAUUUUGAUUCUGCUCAAUUACAGCUAAAUUUUGCCCUGCUAUGGAAGCUAAAAUGCAAUUUAUGCUUCAGAUAAAACAGUCCUCAAACGAGCUUCCUGUUUUCAUUAAGGGAGAAAGAAUGAGUGAACUGAAUAAGUGAGCCAGGGAGCCUAGCAGUAUGAGAUAGAAACUACUUUCACAAGAUCAGAUUCUGCUUUGAAUCAGGUUAGGAUGUGCCUAAUUCACUGUUACCUUCUAUCCAAACAUCUUCGGAAAAGCCCAUUGCUUACACUAUUUUCUUGGUAUCCCAGAUAGAACUCAAACAAAAUGGCAAUUUGAAUACAACUUAAGGUGGCCUCAUUUAAGGUAAUUGUGCCUGCGGUGGUAUGUCAUAAGAGUAUUCUGCUAAGCAAGCCAACUUGAUUUUACAAGUUAACAGAUCAAACUCCAACAGUUGUUUAAAUACCAUUACAGAAUCAGAUUGACAAGCAGCUUCCUUAAAAAUACCUUUGCAAGUCAUAACACCCCAGAAAGCCUGAAGCACCAAAUUAAAUGUCACACUUAAGCUUGAUGCCCGCAGCCUAGUGGUAUUCACAAGUAUUUUUAGCCAAUACCCUUGCACAGUAUUUGUGUACAACACUAAGGUAUCUGUAAUCUGCUUUUAACAUGCACUUGAUUAACAGAAGCAAAUAGCAUUACAGCAAAGUUAGAAAUACACAUUUUAUUUCAUGUGCCCAUAAAAAGACCCACUUUUCAGAUCACAGGAUGUUAUUACAUACAGAAAUUGUGCACUAGUCUAAUGUAGCAGCUUUUACAGAUUUUACUAGAAGAUCAAGAUCCUCGCUGCGUUAGCCCUAGAAAAGGUUUUCAAUCAACUAAAUCCUUACAUUUGUCAAUAACACCAAAGAAAUCCCUUAAAAUAACGUAAACAAAAUUCUUCCUAUCAUGUUCUUUGCAAUUCUAAUCCAGUCUUUCAGGACUCACACUCCUUCGAGGGCUUCCUGAUGGCGAACGACUAAAAAUAAAAAGGGGGAAAAACGAAGUCACUAGGUUACUCAAUGUUAAAAUUAGUAAAAAAUGGAAAUUAAUAGAUUAGUGUUCUUAAAAGGGGAUCCAUGCUACCUGCACAUUAGUAAUUUUAAUCCUAGCACCUAUUUGGAUGCUGCUUUAGAAGAGGAAGUUAGUUGGAAUUGAAGGCUACAAGCUCUUAAUGUUAAAUAUUGAAGCAAACUUAAAAGUUUGCAUGCACCCCCAUUCCCACAGGAAGUAUUACCAAGCUCUCUUGCAGUGUUCAAGAAGCAUACUUACCCUGAGUUAAUGGAGAAUGGAUAUAAAUGGCUCAUAUCAAAACUGAAAAAGCAAGACUGAAUAUUAAAUCAAGUAAAAAUGCUUUUAAACACAUAUACUCACGAGGAACUAAAAAUUCUGACACAGUCUACUAUUAUUAAGUAACAGCUAGCUGCUGUUCAAUGUCUAGAUUGUCCUGCCAAUUUCCUGAAGGUUUCAGUCACAACUAUAAACCUUCUCCGUUUAACCUUUGAGCCAUUUACAUUUAUUGUCCAUUAACAUAGCCAGGUAAUAUGCUCCAUUAUUAUUAAUAUGCUGUAUUAUUAUUAUUAAACACCCUUUUUGAGAAUGGUUCUGGACUUUGGUUAAAUCUUAAAUUUGCUUAAGAGCAAAUUUUUAUUACACUUAAGUGGCCUGCCACAGUUCCUCAGACCCUGAGUGAAUAGUAAUCACUCACUUUCCCAACAGAAGAUGCCAGUUUUUGUGCUUUUACCCUAUUUCAUGGGUAUCUCCCAUUAUUUCACUUUUUUAAAAAAUAACCUAAAAACUAUUAUAAAGAACUAUAAACAAAUCACAGCUCUGUAGGAAUUUUAACAUUUAGUAACAAUUAUUUUAAUGUUUUAAAUGUAAAACUGUGAAUCCAGGAUAUACAACACUGUUAUAAACUUUAUUUCGAUUGUUAUCUGCGUAAAAUGCAAUAUGUCUCCUUCAGAGGCUCAGCUUACCUUCUCUUUAAAGAUGGUGAUCUUGAUUUGGAACGGCUGUUAAAACAGCAUCAAUUACAUUACAUUAGCAAACACUAGACUGAUCCAGUACCUACAGCCAGGGAGGGAAACCAGUGGACCUACAGAUGUUACUGGAAUACAACUCCCAUCAUCCCUGACUACAGCCUUUGCUGACUGAGACUGAUGGGAGUUGGAGGCCAACAAUAGCUGGAGGGCCACAGGUUAACUACCCCUGAUCUAUAGCCAUGAUUUAUCUGUUUUAAAAUAAAAGCAUGAAAGAAGCUGGUAAUAUCUUGCAACUGGUUAUUUUGAUGCUGAAUACUCGAGAACCACAAAGAUUGCUUCUAAACUACUUAAAUGCAUAGAGUAGGCUAAAUGAACUCGCAUUCAUAGUAUAAGCCUGUGUGUACAGUAGACAUUUGAUGCUUUCAAUUAAAACAUUGCAAGAGGCAUUUGGAAGUGAUUACCAUUUAGAAAAAUGCCCAUUUCACAAAAAUUAGCUAAUUACUGGUUACUAUUUUACAAAGCAUCGAUGUUUACCUGCUUCUGGGUCGUGAAACAGACCUGGACCUGGAUCUUGACCUUGACCGAGACCUAGGUUUUAAAGAGAAGAUACUCAAUUCCAAGCUCUUAACACAUCUAUGCAGGUGAAUGAAAGCUGUCAUGAAACAAGGUUGUAGAGAUGCAGUCACAGCAAUAUACAAAGUUCAUUAAUUCUAUUCAUUCUGGAGGAAACUUAGAACAUAUGAUGCCCAGAUGUGCUUUUCUUUAGAGAUAUAUGUUUGAUUCGAUCAAGGAUUUUAUUGUUGAUUUAUGGUUUAAAUGUUGCCUACAAUUCCUUUUUCUUUUGUAAGCUGCUUUGAAUAUGGGGUAAAAGUACUAAGAUACUAAUGAAAAUUAAAUUGACUCCAUGAACAUUAAGCUUAUUAGCAAAAUUACCUUGAUCUUUUUAAAGAACCUGAACGGGAUCUGCGUGGCGAGACAGAUCUUGAUCUCCGAGGGGAGAGUGAUCUUGAUCUCCGAGCAGAGACAGACCUGGAUCUAAAAGAAAGGUGUUUGUUACAAAUAUGCUAUUCUGAUUCUUAAACUAAAGCACUAUGCUCCAAUUUUGAUGCUCACCUCCGGCCACGACUUCGGCUACGUGAGCGAGAAUAUCUCCUUCCUCUGGACCUUGAAUGAGAUCGAGACCGUGACCUAGUUUUAGGUUAGAUAAGAAAAGUAUUAGACCACAAGGUCAACAGUUAACAUGUGAGCCUUUGCCGAAGCCAAAAUAUCUGAUAAUUAAAAAUUAGUGUCUUGUACGUUGAAAAAAAUCAGGGCCUAUGUCUUGAGUAUUUUUACUACCUAAAAAAGAUGUUAAACUGAAUAACAUUUUAGAAUUACAAUCAUAAUAUAAAACACUGUAAUGUGUAUUUAAAAUAAACCUUGCAAGUUUGCAGGUCGACCCUCUUUGGCCCAAGGUCUAGCAGAUCUAGACGAUCUAGAAGUAUCUAUAGCCGGCCGCUGCAUCUAGGUGUUCUCUUCAAUCUAACGACGAUCAAACUGACAGCCAAAUGAGCCAGGUGAGGCUUGAUUGACGCAAGAAGAUUUUUCUAGGUGGGAAUGUGGUCAAUCUGGUGUUCCUCUUUUUAAACCGGAGGGGGCCCCAAUUGAAAGCCAAAUUUACUGUUACGGCGAUCACCGUCUCAAUUUUUCUGCCCUUUAAAGAAUAAGGUGAAGCUAGGUGUAGAUGGCUCGAGGGGAUCUGGCCUCUUAUGCUGAUCACCUCAAGGUCUAGGAGGAUCUUAAUUGUCGGAUUUGCAAGGCGCCUCAGCAUGAAAUCUUAAGGCUCGUGACAUUCUGAAUCAAGGCGACUGACUCAAACGAAGAAACCUGAAAGGUUUUGACCAGGUUGAUUAUUAACAUAUUAACAUAGUAACACAAAAUAUAAACAAUUGUAAUAUACCCACAUAAAUUAUAACAUUUACUUUUAAAAUGGUGUAUCAUUACCUUCUUUGCUAAUAAAAACUAUGAUUAACUGCUG